AAAAAUAUAACUAUAUGUUAUUAUAUCUGAACGAAUGUUUAAAAAAACCGCUGAUACUAGGUAUACUACUAGUAUACUAGGUUCAUAUAAUUUAUAUAAAUGACUUAUUAAACAUUUUAACAGCCUCAGACAACAAUAGUGCAGUUAACUUUGCUGAUGACACAAACAUAUUAAUUUGGGGUGAAAAUAUGACAGAUACAAUGAAAGAAGAAAGAUAUGCAUGAAUAAGGUAAUAAACUGGACUGAAGAAAAUAAAUUAGUGUUAAAUUUUGAAAAAACCUACGGCAUUCAUUUUGCAAUAUGUAAUCACAAGAAUACAGAAAAACAGAAUAAAGUUGUUAUAUCAUCUAAAGAAAUUGAAUUAAUAGAGAAAACUAAUUUUCUGGGAAUAUGCAUUGACCAUAAGUUAAGCUGGUCUAAUCAUAUAGAUAAUUUAUUAAAAAAAUUAAAUUCACUACAUUUUACAAUACGUGUUUUAAAAAAAUACAUUAACAUUGAACAACUAAGAAUAGUAUACUUCGCAAACUUUCAAUCAUUACUAAGCUACGGUAUAAUAUUUUGGUGGCAAAGUGGAAAGAUGUCAAAAGUAUUUGUUGCUCAAAAACACGUCAUGAGAACUAUGUUUAACUUAAAAUAUAAUUAAACUUGUAGGAACACCUUUAAAAGCAAUAACUUCUUGACAGUAACUGGUUUAUAGAUACAUACAGUUGCUAAAAAGUAUGGAUACAGUUAAAUAUUUUCAGAACGGUUCAACAGAAAACCAUGAAAUUUGGGGAACAGUUAAAAGUGUUUAAAUUCUAUCAUCUGAGAGCUUUUUCAAAUUUUUAUCGUCAUUUAUUUUGAAAAUUCAAGGCUAACUUGAUUUUUUUAAAUGGGACGAAGGGUCAAGUUUAAUCAUUUUUAAAAGAGCAUUUUUUUCUGAAUUCAGUGAUGUAACAUGAUAACCACCUUUACUUUUAUUAAAAUGUAAAAAAAUAAAAAUUCAAAAAUUUUCUGGAAUAGUAAAACUAAGUUAGCUUUGAAAAUACUGUUAUUAGCGAUGUCCGUCACUUGUAUAUUAGCCAAAAAUGAAACUUAAAAUUCUCAUAUUGGUUUAUCAUGGAGACAGAAAGCCAAGAACUUAAUAGAAAUCAGUUUGAACAUCAUUUGUAGCAUAAAAAUCAAGUAUUCCGUGUUUAUUAAUUAACACGUGUUUUUUUUUCAGUUAAAAGUGUUAUUUUAUCAAUUAUUUUUAACUUUUACUUAUUUUUUGGUUAAUGAACUAACGAUAGAUAAAGACAACAUUUCCAAGGCUAAUAAAAUUUUACAUUUUUCAAAAUUUUCGAUUUUUUUUUAAGUUUCGGUUAAAUUAAGGUAUGCAUAUGUUAUACCAUAGAACUCAGAAAAAAAUGCUUUCCUCAAAAAUAUUACAUUUGACCCUUGUUGCUAUUUAAAAAAAAUCAAGUUAGCCUUGUAUCCGAAGAACAAAUGGAGAUCGAAAUUUAAUAAACAUCUGAAACGAUACAAUUUUUAUACUCUUAAGCAUACAUCAAAUUUCAAUAAGUUUUGAUGAAUAGUUUUUAUAAUAUUUAACUGUAUCCAAAAAGCAAAAAAUACAAAAAUAAAAAAAGUUUUUUCAGAAAAAAAAUUUUGGUUAAAAGAUGCACUAAAAAGUAAAAUAUAAUGUUUUUCUAUCAGAAGAGAAUCUUUUGCAAUUGGUCUUGUCGGGUCAAAAUUUCUGGCAGUAAUUCACUUUAGUUGUAUCGAAUUUGUAACAGUUUGACGAUAGUGCUAACAAGGUGUAGAAAACUGUCCGAAGCUUUGUCAUUUUGACAUGUUCAGGUCAGUUUUGUUCGUCUUGUGUUUCUUCUACACGAGUGGGGAAAAAUUCAGCCCGAAGAAAGCGCGAUUUUGUAAAAUUUACUGCGGAGAGGUCAAACACAGCGCCUGCGAGUGUUCGUCACGAGACGGGCGGAAGGAAGUCGGAUUGCUGGAAGUUGUGCAGUUUCGGAAGUUGGUCGUUGGGGUACAUAAUAAAUAUCGGAAUCUUGUGGCAUCUGGGAAGGAGACGAGAGGCGGUGUUGGCGCAGCUGCUGAUAUGAUGGCACUUAGUUAUAGUCUUGAGUUGGAGUUUAUGGUCAGGUGUUGGGGGCGAAGUCGCUUUCAUGGAUAUUACGACAGUUGUAGGACGAUGUUGAAUGGGAGAGAGGCGGGGCAAAAUAUCGCAGGGGAUGCAUGGCAGGAUUUUACGCUUGAAUUGGUGGAGGAACAGAUUCGGAAAUGGUCGGUUUGGAGGUGUACAGAGUACGAACAAGUCAAAGACAUGAAACCCGACAUCAUCGACUCUUACAGACCCCUUAAAGCUGAAGGAAUCCAAAUUAACCAUUUCACAGCAAUGGUCUGGGGCCAAGCUGACGUAAUCGGUUGUGCCCGAAUUUAUACCGAAGAUACGGUCAAAGCUAGUUUUAUCAAUCCUACUUUUCACCAGUCUUUGAUUUGUGAUUAUGGAAUUACGAUCCUUAGAAACGACACGAAAAUAAAAGGGGUCAAUAUUAAGGGGCGGCCGGUUUAUACCAAAGGCAAACCGUGUUCAAUGUGCCCUGCAGAGUAUAAAUGUAACUUGAACUGGACCUCACUGUGUGGAGAAAGCAAGGUCCCGGAGGACCCUGCGUACGUUUUUGACAGUCCAAGCUCGGCAAAAUGUGCAGAAAAUGCCAGAAUUCUGGUCUUAAUUGUUGUAGUUUUGCAUUCAUUAUUUUAAAUUUUUAAAUAAAUUAUUUGACGCGUC